AUGUCUUGCCUUGUACUUAGGAAAUUGGUACAAAGAGAACCAAUCAGUGAUAUUGUUAUCAGUAAAGGCAAUUGGCCAGAAACUUCCUUAAAAAUGUUUGGGUCUAAUAAUACCGGUGGCAUGGGUGGGUUUGGAGGAUUUUCCUCUAACGCCAAUGCCAGUUCGUCUCCAUUUGGUUCUUCAGGCAAUUCAAACGGUCUCUUUGGCUCAAGCAAUAAUAAUAAUAAUAAUAAUAACAAUAGUGGCAGUACCACUGGAGCAGCAAAUACUUUUGGAGGUGGAUUUGGCGCUAACAAACCUCUAUUUGGCGCUUCCAACAACUCUUCAGCAAACAGCCCUGGUGGCCUUUUUGGUAGCAAUAAUAAUAACAGCAACAGCUCCCCAUUUGGCUCAAAUAACAACAGUUCUGGAGGAGGCUUGUUCGGUGCUGGUAACACAAGCACUAACACAAGCACUGGGUUCGGUGGAUUCGGUAACGCAGGGAAUUCUAAUAAUUCCAACCAAGGUACCUCAGUCAAACCAUACGCAGAAACCUUUGAGAAGGACAGCAAUGGUUCAAACAUUUAUUUCGAAAAUAUUGUCGCCAUGCCAGAAUAUAGGGCUUUCAAUACAGAUGAGUUGAGAUAUCAAGAUUAUUUGAACAAUAGAAAGGUCGGUUCAGCCAAUAACUCUUUUGGUAAUACGAGCACUACUGGUGCAUUUGGAUCAAAUAAUACUGGCUUUGGAUCAAAUAAUAAUUCUUUUGGAAAUAAUAGUGGAUUUGGAGCGAACAACAACAAUAAUUCAGCUGGCGGCUUGUUUGGAAACAAACCGGCUGCUGGUGGCUUAUUUGGUUCAAGCAAUAACGCUAACAAUAAUUCAUCUGGUGGUUUGUUUGGCUCGAAUAAUAACAACUCGCCAUUUGGAGGUAAUAAUUCAAACAAUGCCUUUGGGAGUAACAAUAAUUCUGGUGGAUUAUUUGGUAGCAGCAAUAACACUAACACUAACAAUAACAGUAAUCCAAUGUUCGGAAGCAACAACAGUAACAACUCUCCAUUUGGAUCUAAUAAUAGCAACAAUUCUGGAGGUAUGUUUGGCAGCAGCAACAACAACAACAGCAACAACGCUCCAUUUAGUCUGAAUAAUAAUAACUCUGGUGGAUUAUUUGGUAAUAGUAAUAAUAACAACACUGGCGGAUUAUUUGGUAAUAACAAUAACAAUGCUGGUGGUAUGUUUGGAAAUAGUAACAAUAAUAACAACAGCGGUGGUGGUUUGUUUGGUAAUAGCAAUAACAACAACAACAAUAAUGGCGGUGGUAUGUUUGGAAAUACUAACACCACUAACAGCUCAGGUGGGUUGUUUGGCAACAAAACUAGUAACUCAGGAGGUACGUUUGGCAAUAACAACUCAAGUUUUGGAAAUAAUAACAAUAAUUCCAACUCUGGUGGUUUAUUUGGAAAUAAUAAUAAUAACAAUAACGCCACUGGUAUGUUUGGCAACAACAACAAUGUUAGUAACUCAGGUGGUUUAUUUGGAAACAAACCGAAUACCUCUGGCGGUCUUUUCGGUAACAGCAACAAUAAUAGUAAUGCCAACUCCGGAGGCCUUUUUGGUAACAACAACAACAACAACAAUACUAAUAACAAUAAUUCCGGAGGACUCUUUGGUAACAACAAUACUAACACCUCCGGGGGUCUCUUUGGAAACAAUAACAACAACAAUAACAACAACAAUUCAGGGGGUCUCUUUGGCAACAACAACAACACCAACAGUUCUACCAACAAUGCCUCUGGUGGUCUUUUUGGUAACAAUAGCAACUCAUCUGGUGGUUUGUUCGGUAAUAAGGCUAGUACUACUGGAGGCGGACUCUUUGGAAAUAGUAAUAGUAAUAACAACAAUAACAACUCGGCCGGCGGAUUAUUCGGAGCCAACAAUACUAAUAACAAUUCCACGGGUGGUCUCUUUGGAAACAAACCUGCUACUACUGGCGGCGGUCUUUUGAACAACAACAACAACAAUAGUGGUUCUUCCGGCGGUUUGUUUGGAAACAAUAGUAACAAUAAUACUUCGGGUGGUUUGUUUGGUAAUAACAACAAUAAUAAUACUUCUUCUAGCGGAGGGUUAUUUGGAAAUAAUAAUAACACAUCAGCUGGUGGUCUUUUUGGCAAUAAAACUACAGGUGGUAUUGGAACCAAUACUAAUAGUACCAGUGGAGGGUUAUUCGGAAAUAAUACUAAUAACACUAGUGGAGGCUUAUUUGGCAAUAAUGCUAAUAAUACCAGUGGAGGAUUGUUUGGCAAUAAUAACAAUAACCAACAAGCUGGACCAACUCUGGCAAAUCCUAACCCUUACUCUUACAACCCAUUGUUUUCAACAAGUUUGCUCAAUGGUAAUGUUGGCCAAAAUACGUUGAACCCAACAGCAACGCCAAUUAUUUUAACUGGUGAGAACAAGAAGAAAGAUACUUCAUUGACAGCGGCAUACAAGUCGAAGCCUUUAAAAAAUUUAUUUAACAUGGAUAAGGUUUUACAAAACUCUUCCGCAAAAUCAUCACCAAGCACUAUGGUUGUAUCACCAAAUGCUGAUCAAUCUGCUGCCUUGGAGAAGGAUGUAACAUUGAAACUAAUCGGUUCCGAUUCCAAGGAAAAUAAAUCAUUUUUCAAUUACGAUGUCGAGCAAAAUAUCUUGUCUACCUUCAAUACUUCAAACGAUCUUAAGAAGUUGGUUAUCAAAAGGUUUGCUAAUGAUAACUUGAAAGAAAAGUCUGAAUCCACGAAAUUCAUUACUUCGGAGAACGAUACCCAUGAAAGUUCUGCCAAUACCAAGAGUAAAGAAGAUAACGAGGAAACCGAUGUGAGUGGCGAGGAAUUGAAAAAGGAUGGUUCCUUCAUUAAUGGGGUUACUGAAAGCCCUGCUUUCCAAUCUCCUGCCGGGGCAGAGAAAUCCGAAGGGAUUAAUGCACCAUCCAAGGUCGUUGAAAUCCCAAAUGUUUCUAGCUUUACUAUUCUUAAUGAGAAGAAUUACUGGAUUUCUCCAUCAAUCGAAGUGCUUGAAUCAAUGUCUCAAAUUUCCCAAAGAAAGGUUAAAAAUUUUAUUAUUGGCAGAAUAGGAUCUGGUAGAAUUGAAUUCAAGGAACCAGUUGAUAUAACCUCUUUCUCCUCUUUGUACAAUAUCCCUGAGAAGAUUGUAGCGUUGGAACCGAAGGUUUGUGAUUUGUAUCCUAAUGAGGAGGCCAGACCACCAAUUGGUGAAGGGUUGAAUUUGCCUGUUAAAGUUACUUUGGAGAAGUGCUUUCCAACUGUUAGGGGAAAAUCAGUUACUGAUCCAAAAAGUUCUGCCUUCAAGCAUCAUAUCAAAAAAUUGCACCACAUUGAAGGAACUACUUUUGAGAGUUUCGAUAACUCUACCGGUACCUGGAUUUUCAGUGCCGAGCAUCUUUGA